CUCUUCCUCCUCCUCCCUCACUUUUUCCUCCUCCUCCCGGCAUGUGGUGUGUAUUUGUUUAAUCUCGACACCCUAAAGGCAGCAGAAGCAGCAGAAGAAAUAAAAACGUUCCCCUCCUUCCAGAGUUGUUUACGCGCGGCGGAGCGAUGUCAGCGGUUUGCCCGAAGAAGAGCGUCUUUUCUCGGCUACUUUUCCUCCUCUUCCUCCAGGACUCCUGCUGCUCGGCACUUGAACUCGUGCUCCUGCACACCAACGACGUGCACGCACGGGUGGAGGAGACCAGCGUGCACUCGGGCACGUGCGGCAGCGAGAGCAGCGCGUGUUUCGCCGGGGUCGCGCGCAGAGCCACGGAGGUCGCGCGGAUCCGGAGCACGGAGCGGCACGUGCUGCUUCUGGACGCCGGAGAUCAGUUCCAGGGGACGGUUUGGUUCAAUCACUACAAGGGGGCGGAGGCGGCGCACUUCAUGAACAAACUGAAGUACGAUGCUAUGGCUUUUGGGAACCAUGAGUUUGAUAACGGUUUGGAGGGUCUGAAGAAGCCGUUUAUGGAACAGAUUCUGUGUCCCAUCGUCAGCGCAAAUUUAAAAACGGACCCGAGUAUUGCGGCGACUUUUGGCAAAUCUUAUCUCCCGUAUAAAAUCCUGACGGUGGCGGGAGAACAGGUGGGAAUCGUGGGAUACGUCUCUCAGGAAACAUCAGCGCUGUCCAAACCAGGUCCUCUCCUGCUCUUCGAGGCGGAGAUUCCCGCUCUGCAGCUACAGGUCGAUAAGCUGCGGACGCUCGGGGUGAAUAAGAUCAUCGCUCUGGGUCACUCUGGGUUCACCGUGGACAAAGAGAUCGCCAGGAAGGUCAGAGGGGUGGACGUGGUGAUCGGAGGACACAGCAACACUUUCCUCUACACCGGAACCCAGCCCUCCACUGAAUUCCCAGCAGGAGAUUAUCCCUUCAUGGUGAAGUCAGACGACGGGCGGCAGGUUCCCGUGGUGCAGGCGUACGCUUUCGGGAAAUACCUGGGGUACCUGAAGGUGACGUUUAACGAGGCCGGGGACCUCCUGAAGGCAACAGGAAACCCCAUCCUGCUGGACGGCAGCGUGACACAGGAUCCGGAGUUUCUUGCCGAUGUGCAGGAGUGGAAGAAGAGUCUCGCAAACUUCUCCUCUCAGGUGGUCGGACAAACUCAGGUUUUCCUGAACGGCUCGGCGGAGGAAUGUCGCUUCAGAGAGUGCAACCUGGGAAACAUGAUCUGUGACGCCAUGGUGAACAACAACAUCCGGUUCUCCGACGGCCAGCAGUGGAACCACGUCAGCGCCUGCAUCUUCAACGGAGGCGGAGUCCGGACCUCCAUCGACGAGAGAACCAGGAACGGAUCGAUCACCAUGGAGGACCUGAUCUCCGUGCUUCCCUUCGGGGGAACCUUCGACCUGGUGCAGCUGAAGGGCUCCACGCUGUUCAAAGCCUUCGAACACUCAAUGAGGCGAUACGGACAAAGCACCGGGGAGUUCCUGCAGGUCUCAGGGUUUCGGGUGGAGUUCGACCUCUCGGGGUUACCCUCGUUGCUCCGGAGCCUCAGCAUCCUCUGCACCCGGUGCCGAGUCCCUCAGUACGAGGAGGUGGAGCCGCAGGGGGUCUACAAGGUGGUGCUGCCUGCGUACCUCGUAGAGGGAGGAGACGGGUUCUCCAUGUUCCCAAAAGAGAUUCUCAAACACGACAGCGGGGAUUUGGAUAUUUCCGUGUUGUCGGACUACAUCGGUCAGAAACAGAGAGUUUAUCCGUCUGUUGAAGGACGGAUCAAGAUCUUUAACUCGGCUCCGGGUCAAACUCCUCUGGUGUCUCUGGUGUCUCUGGUGUCUCUGCUGUGGACGCUCUGUGGGGACACGCUGGGAUGAGUGAACACAGAACACAGAGGAACAUGUUCAAGAUCUAAAAGGACUGAUGGAAGCUCCUCUUCGGACAGGACUGAAAAUACCACUUUCACAUAAAAAACAUUUUAUUCUUAGUAAUUAUUUAAAAACGACAUAUCCUGCUUAUAUCCAGAUUCAUAUUAGUGUCUCUACUUUAAAGAGUCCUCUCCUGCUGAUGUUCAGGUGUAUAUCAGUAUGUAGUGUCUCUACUUUAAAGGGCACCUAUCAUGCAAAAUGCACUUGUGUACGUCUUUUCUACAUGAAUAUGUGUCCCCGGUGUUCCAGGGAACUCAC